AUUAUUAGUGUUAAAUAAAUAAGUUUAUUAAAAAAAAGUCACAAAAAAUAUAAUAACUAAAUAAUAUAUUAAUAGUUAGCUAUAUUACUAGUAGUUUACUAAUAAAAAAAUAAUAAUUUUAUUGAUUAUUAUUUAAAAAAAAUGUCUGUAAAUUAUGAUUUUACCGAUAAGGUAGUCAUAAUAACCGGUUCGAGUUCGGGUAUCGGUUCAGGCAUUGCCGAACUGUUUGCCAAAUCGGGUGCCAAUGUUGUCAUAACCGGUCGUAACGGCGAUCGUGUGGCCAAAGUAGGCAAACAAUGUACAGAUUUAUCGCCGAAACAUUUGUCGGCACUGGAAGUUGUCGGCGAUCUAACUAAACCAGUGGAUUGCGAUCGACUAAUCGAGACAACUGUCCAAACCUAUGGCAAAUUGGAUAUAUUGGUCAACAAUGCCGGGUUCGGUGAUAUGAUUGAUGUUACAAAUGAAGAUUAUUAUCAAAAAUUUCUAAACGUUAUGAAUAUUAACUUGAAUUCAGUGGUAUAUCUGACCCAUAAAUCUAUUGAACAUUUGGCCAAAACUAAUGGCAAUAUUAUUAAUAUAUCAAGUAUUUUGGGAAAAGUAUCGGGUAGCGGUCAGUCAGCCUAUCAGAUAUCAAAGGCAGCACUGGAUAUGUUUACCAAAUGUAUGGCCGCAGAGUUGGGACCCAAACAUCAUAUCAGAGUUAAUUCAGUCAAUCCUGCACUUAUAGUAACUAAUUUUUUAGCUGAUAUGGGUGUACCUCAAGCUGUUUCCGACAACUUUUUCGGAGCAGUUGGCGUCAAAUAUCCGGUCGGUAGGCCGGGCCAGCCGCAGGACAUUGCCAACACUGUUGCCUAUUUGGCCAGUAAUUCAGAGGCCGGGUUUAUGACCGGCAGUAUUGUUGUGGCCGACGGCGGACAUAUGGCUGCUAAUGUAUCGGUUGACCAGGAAUUUGAAGAUUUGUUGAAUAAAAUGGAAAAUUUCUAAAUAAAUAUUCACUUUUAUAUAUAAUAAUAAAUAUUAUAAA